CGAUGCAGGGUGGUCAUUAUUUUUUGCUACUUUUUGUUGGGCCAUUAGUUUCUGUCAGUAUUGCUUGUUCAACUGAACAUGCAAAUCAAACGACUUUUGAUGUCAGUGACUAUGGAGCUGUCAGUGGAGGCCACAUAGAUGAUUCCGAAGCAUUCUUGAAGGCCUGGAAUGCAGCAUGCGCCUCAGAAACUGAAAAUCCUACCUUAAUCGUUCCACCGAAGAGAUUUCUGCUCAAUCCAAUCGUUUUCAGCGGUCCAUGCAGGGCUAAAAACAUCAAUUUUUUGAUAUUUGGGAGACUUUUGGCACCAGACUCCCCUGGAGCAUGGAAGGAGCUUGACCCAAGUCAAUGGCUAGCUUUCAAUGGUGUAAGCGGUCUCAAUAUUGCUGGCCCUGGUAGAAUCAAUGGAAGGGGCAAGGCCUGGUGGGAUCAGUCAUGCAGAGACCACCCUCGCCUGGUGGGAUGCAGUACAUUGGCCCCAACUGCAGUGAAGUUGGUGUCGUGUAAAAACAGCAGCAUCAGUGAGAUUCAUUUCGUAAACAGCUCUCAAACCCAUGUCCUAAUCAGAGAUUGUGAUGGGAUCAACAUAGAAAACGUACUGAUUGAAGCUCCAGAGAGGAGCCCCAACACUGAUGGCAUUCACAUCUCAGCCUCUCACAAUGUGGUUAUCACCAACGCCAUUAUAGGCACCGGUGAUGAUUGUGUGUCCAUUGGAGACCAUACAUCCAACAUAGCCAUCUCCUAUGUUAAAUGCGGUCCGGGUCAUGGAAUUAGCAUUGGAAGCUUAGGGAGGAGUGGGAAUUUUGUUCAGGUAGAGAACAUUCAUGUAAGUAAGGUAUAUCUCCAAGGAACUACCAACGGAGCUCGGAUCAAGACAUGGCAGGUCGGCAGAGGCUAUGUCCGGCGGGUCACAUUCGAGCACAUCUUUUUUCGGUCCGUCAAGAACCCCAUAAUUAUCGAUCAAAACUACUGCAACAAAAGUGAUGCCUGCAAGGAAAUGGAAACUGGGGUUCACAUAACUGAUGUCUCCUUCAAUCAAUUGUAUGGGACAUCUAGUUCCCGUGUAGCUGUGAAUCUGAAUUGCAGUCGCUCAGUUGCUUGCACCAGUAUAUAUUUGAAGUCAAUAUACCUUAGAUCUGCUCUAGCAGGGCAGAACGUGACUUCUAACUGCACCAAUGCCCAUGGCGUUGCCUUCGGAGUAAUUCAACCAGACCCCUGCCUGUAAGUUUGAACUCAUGAUGAUUUACCAUGUUGUGUAAGAAUUUGAUUCAUUUAACUAAUUGAUUCACUUAUCGAACCGAUGGAUUAUGGUGUACAAAAUAAAGACUAGAAGAAUGCUAACAUAUUACUCUCGCC